AUGGGCGAUAGAAAGCCGAUUUUGAAGGAGAAAGAAUCGAACACAGAGAGUUUUAUCGAGGACCUCCGACUCCACAGCAGGUUCAAAAAAACCUGUGUUCCCUUCCAAAUACUCGGGCAAGGCGGCGAUGGACUUGUCCGUAAGUGCAUACACGAGCCCACAGGAAGGGCAGUUGCUAUGAAGAUCCCAAUUGACCAAGACGAGGUCACACGCAAACGUCUGAUGAACGAGGUUCGCAACCUCAAGAUUGUCGGUAAUCAUGAGCAUGUUCUCGGAAUGCUAACGUAUAGUCCCUACUACCCUUUCACAUACCCAGCCAUCUUCUUCCCUCUGUGCGAUCUUGGCGACCUCUUCGCAUACGUAAAGAAAUGGCAAAAACAAGAGACGAACAAUGGCCGACCACGACGCAUUCCGGAGCUCACUGUCUGGAAACUCUUCCGUGAUAUGGCUCUCGCGUUGGAUCAUCUCCACAACAAGCUAGGUACUUGUUACGUCCACCAAGAUCUCAAGCCAGACAACAUUCUUGUCCGAGAACCAGAAGGCUAUAUUCAAGGCGAACUAGUACCUGUUGAGCCCAUAUUCGUGAUCUGUGACUUCGCCCGCCUAGUACCACAUCCGACACCACGCGGCGUCAUAGCACAAUAUUGGAACGGGACACCAGAAUUCUCCCCUCCGAUGGCAGAACGAAAAAUGCCCGUCCAUCCAUCAGGAGACAUAUGGUCCCUAGGCUUGACGAUCCAAGCCUUUGCUUUGGACAUUAUCCCCAGACAGUCUCGACCAGCAUUCAUCGCAGAUAGGAAGAAGCUGGGUCUACCGUACCCAGACAUCAACGAUGAUAAGAAGUGGAAAGAACCUCUCUGGCGAGACCAGGUUCCUUCGCUCUAUCGCCCUCUCAAUGUCUCUGGAGACGAGCUGACAGCAAAGUAUGACGUUCCUGAGGCUCUGUGUGAUUGCUGUUAUUGGCCGUUUAGUUCACAGCUGAAUGAGUGGUAUAAGCGUUUGCUUGAACCAAAUCCUAAGGUACGCAUCACUUCAUCAGACCUUGUGAAAGACCUGAUUCCGCGGAUUGAUCAGGUGAUGGUGGUACUGAGGAAGGAGGAAUUCGAGGAAGAUUGCACGAAGGAAGUGGAAGUUAUCCAAGCCGAGCCUCUAACUAUUGAAGACGAUGAGUCACAUGUCAAAGACGAGGAACCACAAAUCUUGGAUGUGAGGAGGGUCUGGAAAUCCUGGCAUGACAGUAAAGCUCCGAGCUACGAGGGAAAUAGUUACGGCUGCUCAUAUUCACGAUAG